AUGUCGAGCAAAACUCAACAAGCUAUUUUGCUACUACUUGUAACCACAUGGAUUACAAUGUUGGUUCAACCAGGAGUUGCCCAGUUGUUGCCAGGGCUUCCUCAAAUUAAUCAAUGUUUGGGAUCUCUGAAUAGUAUUCAAGGAUGCAUUAUAUCAAUUUUUACUUUCCCAAUUGGAGGUCUUAUCCCUUCUUCUCCUUGUUGCAAUGCAUUUCUAAAUAUCACUACUAGUUGUCAGUCCAUCAUUUUUCCUUUAGCCCCUUCUACUCCGUCGCUCAUUCAAAGCUAUUGCAAUUCUCCGAAGGCAUCUCCACCACUUACUAAAUGA